GUCUAUACCAGCCAACCUAAAAAACCGGUGUCGCCGGUUUCAAAUAAUUGCCGAUCUUUUCCUCCUCUCCUCAAGUCUCCUCCAGAGAAGAAUCUCAUCAUCAUUCUCCGGAUCCAAUCGAAUCGAAUCCAAUCGAUUACGUAUCGUCUCUUCAUUAGGGUCGUUGGAGAUUCUGUGGUUAAAAGAUGGUUGACAAAGAGGAUCAUCCUCCACGUGGGAAUGAAUGGGAAGUCGUCUCCCUUACUUCGUCAGCUUAUGCUGCUUCUCCUGGCCCUUAUAACGUUGAAUCAAAAGAUGCAAGGAAGUUUGAUCAUGCUUACUACGGAGCUGAAACUUCACGUGAUUUGUUCAUGUCUGAUCACUUUGUGUUCCCACCUAGCCAGCACGAGGAUUUACCCAUUGAUGAUGAUGAACCUGUUUUCCAAGAGGAAGUAAGUAAAGAUGAUGGCCAAGACUUGAUGAUGUCAGAAGAAGGUCAGGGUUUGUCUGAUGAACCUAAUAGUACUUCGAGACAGUACAUGGAAUCAGCCAUGUAUGAACACGGGUUCAUUGAUUCUGAGCCUAAUGAGAGUGCGGAGGAUACCGUUGGACCUGAGAAGGAUGCUAAAAAGGCAAGACAUGACCUUCCUUGCGAAGCCUGGUGGAGAAGGAGAGCUGUUUCCAUGUAUAUACGCACGAGAGAAGCCAAUGCGAUGUGGUCUUUGUUCUUUGCAGCUGCUGUCACGGGGCUAGUGGUUCUUGGUCAACGCUGGCAGCAAGAGAGGUGGCAGGUUUUGCAACUCAAGUGGCAGUCAAGCAUCAGUAGCGAGAAGCUGAGCAGGGUACUUGAACCUCUCUCUCGCUUGAAAGGUGUGAUUGUGAGAAGUAACCCACAAGCUUCUCUCGUAAGGAGUGGCACCUCCAGUGAGAUCUAAAAGCCAUUGUAUCAUUCGUUGCUCACACAGCACAGGUACAUAAACAAACUUGGUCUUGAGUUACAUGUGUGUGCCUCAACGUCAAACGCUUUUGGUUUUCUUCAGCCUCUAUGUUGGCUUUAUCAUCUUGUACUAUUACAACGGAGAUUCAAUUGCCUUCUCACACAAGUCACAGGACUCUCUCUUUCAGUGCGAAAAGCUUCUUUCGUCUUUAUUUUUUUGUUAGCUUCUUUCUUGUCUUAGUGUGUGUGAAAAUAUAGACACAUAUACACUUGUUUUUCUCUUUUUAAAUUACGAAUUUUUAUUUUACUAUCAUUGGAUGAUUCCUAAAUGAGACAAUACGUUCUGAUUUGUAAAAAAACUGUAAAGCAAAAAAAGUUUUAAUCUGCUUAAAAUAUAUGAAAAACUAAAAUGAAAAAAGUUCAGAUAUCUAACAGCUUUGAGUUUAGAUUUCCAAAUAUUUUUCUUUUUGAAAUGAUUUUUUUUUCAAACACACUUAAAAAAAUUCAAAUUUUAUAAUGUAAAAUGCUUUAAAUAAGUUUGAACGGGUCUAAAUUUAGUAAUGUAAUUAUCAUAAUCUAAUAUGUAACUUUAUUAAAUAUUAAAAUAAAAUGGACAUGGACAUGGACAUGGACAGAGUUUGACUUUAAAUAGGAUGAGAUCUCAAAUGAGACGUGUGAGUAGGACGGGUUCACUUAUUUUCAUUUUUCUAACAAAUUUUUUGACAUUUUUUAUUUCAUUUUCGCAACACUUUAUAAUGACAACUAAUCCUACUAAAACCAUUCUAGUUAAAUCGACAAUUUUGUUUUGUCAAAAACAAUCUGUAAUUUUAUAUUAUAUCUCUUAAAUUUAGAAAUUUAAUUUAAAAUCAACAGUCAAUGUAUAUAGUGACUUAAUGCUCGGUGAUAAUAAAAUGUUGUCAAUUACUCUAUCUGUUUUUAUAAUAAAUGUCGUUUAACCUUUUUGCCAACAAAUUAAGAAAAAAUAAUAUUUUCUUUUUUCUUUUUUAAUACAUUAUUUGUUUGGUUUUUUUAAUUAUUUAAUUAAAAUAAAAUUUAAAAUUGAGAUAAUUAUUUAAUAUGUGUAUUGAACAAAAUAAAAUGAUGAAAAAAAUAAAAGUAAAACAACGUUUAAUAUGAAAGAUAAAGAGUAUGAUUUAUUAAGUUCUUAUCAGUUUUGUUUUUAGUUAAUUUCUAGAUAUUUUUUCUAUUUAAGUUGAUUGCUAAUAACUGUACCUUUAAAUUUUUUGUUGUAGAAAAAAAUCUUUAUUGCUGUAUGAUUUUAUGGUUUUAGAUUUAUUGUUGUAUGAUUUUAUGGAGAAUCAUAUAAAUUGUUUUGUGUAUUUGGCUCUACAAACCAUUUGUACAUUUAAUAAAAAUUGACUUUAAUUAAAGCUUAAUUGUUGUGAUUUUAGUGUUUUAGAAAUAAAUAAGACUGUGGACAGCAUCUAAAUCAAUUACCAAUCACACCAUGACAUUUUUUGUUGUAGAAAUCUUUUGUUGUAGAAAAAAAUCUAAAGAUUUUUUUUGUUGUGGUUUUAGAUUUAUUGCUGUAGGAUUUUAUGGAAAAUCAUAUAAAUUGUAUUGUGUAUUUGGCUCCACAAACUAUUUGUAUAUUUAAUAAAAAUUAACUUUAAUUAAAGCUUGGUUGUUGUGAUUUUAGUGUUCUAGAAAUAAACAAGUACGUGGACAGCAUCCACAUCAAUUACCAAUCACACCAUGACAUUUUUAUUUCAAGUAUCUAAUCUAAUUAAUUAAAAGUUGACUCUAAUUAAUUAAAAUAAAAAAACGUUGACUCUCCUUUUUCUAUUUUUAUUAGGUACUUUUGUAUAUAUAUAUUCACAUCUUAUUUGUUCUGUAUUUACGAAUACAAAACAACUACAUCAGUUUUUUUUCAUUCUUAUUGUAUCAUUUAAAAUGGCUAAAACCAGCAUUCUUGGUAUUUUCAUGAUUGUUCUUGUUUUAGGAACAGUGACGAUGGAGUCACAAGGACAAUGCCAUGACUAUAUUACUGAACCUGCAAUUUGUGAACGUAAACAGUGUGCUUUUGAGUGUGCUGCCAAGUGGAAAGGAUCUGGCAGUUGUAUUCCAGAUACCGAUAGCUGCCUCUGCACUUUCAAAUGUAGAACUUAAUAUUUGUUUGUGAUUGAUAUGAUCAUAAAAUAUAUUAUUUAAUAAAAAUGGAUUGAGAAAUUA